UGUCAAGGAAGUCGUUGAAAUGAGGAAGCUUCGGUCCUCCGCCGCCUCACUACAUUUGUGAUCAGGACCCAGUACAGGCCGUAGUCCGGCUGGGGAGCACGGUGCGAACUGCUGGCAGCCGGAAUGCUGAAGGACUGAGAGAACCGAGCCAGAGGAGGAUCCGCACUCGGGACUACUUCACCACAUCGUAUACAGGUUGAUUGCAUCCUGGUGGCUGAACUUUGUUCUGGGACUUCCUUAAGGGAGCCACCCUCACAGAAGCCAACAUGGCUGACGCAGUGAACGCAUUGCCAUUCUUCUAUGGCAACAUCACCAGGGAAGAGGCGGAGGACUACCUGCGGCAGGCGGGCACGAUCAACGGCUUGUACCUGCUCCGGCAAAGCCGAAACUAUCUGGGAGGCUUUGCACUGUCUGUGCUGUAUUCCGGCCGCUGCUACCACUACACCAUUGAAAGACAACCCAGUGACACAUACGCUAUCGUUGGCGGUAAGAGCCACAGGAGCCCUGUCGAUGUGAUCGACUACCACGCCCAGGAGAUGGAUGGCCUCGUGUGUCUGCUGAAGAAGCCCUGCAACAGGCCCAGGAACAUGCAGCCAAAAGUGGGGCCGUUUGAGGACCUGAAGGAAAAACUGAUCCGGGAGUAUGUGAAGCAGACAUGGAACCUGCAGGGGGCAGCUCUGGAGCAGGCCAUCAUCAGCCAGAGACCUCAGCUGGAGAAGCUCAUUUCCACCACUGCACACGAAAAAAUGCCCUGGUUCCAUGGAUCCAUAACACGGGAAGGCUGUGAGCCCAGGCUCCAAAACGGCUCCCGUAUAAACGGAAAAUUCCUGAUCCGACAGAGAGAUUUGAAUGGAUCCUAUGCUCUGUGUUUGCUGCAUGAAGGACAAGUCAUGCAUUAUCGCAUUGACAGGGACAGGAAUGGCAAGCUCUCCAUCCCAGAUGGCAAGCAGUUUGACACCCUGUGGCAGCUGGUGGAGCACUACUCCUACAAACCGGACGGCCUGCUGCGGGUGCUAACAGAGCCGUGUCCUCGACCCGAAGGGGACGUGCUGAUUGGACGGACACUACUCCAACGGGACCAUCCUGGAUUAAGUUCAGCCUUGCAGAAUGCAGCAGGUGGGAUUAUCUCCAAACUCAAAACUGUUCCCAUACCCGGCCUAAAGAAGAGGGGAUCUCGACACAACACCACAGAUAAUUUAAAUCCUUAUGAAACCAGAGUGCCCAAUAAUCAAACAGGUGGAAAAGAGGCCAUGCCGAUGGACACGGAGGUGUAUGAGAGUCCAUACGCAGACCCAGAUGAACUAAGGAGUUCCACAGUGGAUCGCAGCCAGCUCUUCUUGGAGGAUGGAGAACUGGGUUCUGGGAACUUUGGUACAGUCAUGAAGGGCAUCUACAAGAUGAGAAAGACAGAGAAGCCAGUUGCAGUCAAAAUCCUGAAGAAUGAUGAUAACCUCCAAUCAGUAACCGAUGAAAUGCUGCGAGAAGCCAAUGUCAUGCAACAGCUGGACAACCCUUAUAUCGUCCGGAUGAUCGGUAUAUGUGAGGCAGAGAGCCUCAUGCUGGUCAUGGAGCUGGCCGAGCUGGGACCACUCCACAAGUUCCUGCAGAAACACAAGCAAACAACGGUGAAGAACAUCACGGAGCUGGUCCACCAGGUGUCUAUGGGGAUGAAGUACCUGGAGGAGCAUAACUUUGUCCACAGAGACCUGGCUGCCAGGAACGUGCUGCUGGUCACGCAGCACUACGCCAAGAUCAGCGACUUUGGCCUCUCCAAAGCUGUCGCUGAGGAGCAGAACUACUACAAGGCCAAGGGUCAUGGGAAGUGGCCAGUGAAAUGGUAUGCUCCUGAGUGUAUAAACUACUUCAAAUUCUCUUCCAAAAGUGAUGUGUGGAGCUUUGGGGUGCUCAUGUGGGAGGCCUUCUCCUACGGCCAGAAACCCUACAAGGGAAUGAAAGGAAAUGAUGUCAUGCAGAUGAUUGAAAGUGGAAGUCGAAUGGAUGCCCCGCUCAACUGUCCACCAGAGAUGUAUGACCUCAUGACUACCUGCUGGACAUACAAGUUGGAUGACAGGCCUGGAUUCUCCGUUGUUGAGCCCAGACUACGAGAAUAUUAUUACGACAUUUCCCAGUGAUUCUUCACAUGGAUGUUAUGAGAGAACCCAAACUGUUGGUUGAUGAGAAAAACUCCAUUUAAUCGCGUACGAAUGACUUGUUUCCUGUUAUGAAAUAUAAAUGCUGUUGUAGAACAUUGACUUCAACUGGAGGAAUAAUUCUAACUUUUAAACAUAUACCAUAAUUAUGCAAAUUACAUUUAUUUUAUUACUUGUUCAUUCCUGAAUGUACACAAUGUGGAAGUUGUAAUAAACAUAUCCAAGUCUAUCUUA